AUGGAUAGGAAAAAAUCUUUAUGUAAAUUUUGCAAUAAUCAGUAUGGAAAAUAUAUAUGUCCCCGUUGUAAGCAACAAUAUUGUUCUUUAACAUGUUAUCAGUGCCAGGCACAUUUAGGAUGUUCUGAAUUUUUUUACAAAAAUAGUGUAGAACAAGAAAUUAAGAACAGAAAAGUAACUAAAGAAGAAAAAAAUAAAAUACUAAAACUUCUUUUAAAAUUUAAAUAUGAUCAGGAAAAUGCAGAAAAUCUUGAAUUUUUCUAUAAUAAUGAUGAAUUACUAGAAAAGGAACUAGAACAAAGUGAUUUAAAAGAACGAAUGAAAGAUAUUGAUUUAGAAAGUGCAUCAUUUGAAGAAAUAUGGGAACGACUUAAUUCAAAUGAAAGGGAAGAAUUUGUACAUUUAGCAUUACGACAAAAAUAA